AUGAGCGCCGAGGGACCCCCGCCCCCGGCUGCCCGCCGAGGGCGCCCAGGCCGCCUGCAGACUAAAACUGGGGUCGCCUCAGUGCACGGCGAAGGGUCUGGCCACGCCUAUGACGUCCGCCUGAAGCUGACGAAAGAGGUACUGACAAUUCAAAAACAGGAUGUCAUCUGUGCUAGUGGCAGUGGUCCCCGUGCAAACCACAGAACUGUUACGCUUCGCAGACAGCCCGUGGGAGGCCUGGGCCUGAGCAUAAAGGGCGGCGUGGAACACGGCGUCCCUGUGGUCAUAUCGAAGAUAUUCAGGGACCUCGCAGCCGACCAGACAGGGAUGUUGUUCGUAGGGGACGCCCUGCUCCAGGUUAAUGGCAUUAAUGUAGAAAGUGCGACCCACAAAGAAGUGGUGCAUCUUCUGAAAAACGCGGGCGAUGAGGUGACCAUCACUGUCGAGUAUCUCAGGGAAGCACCAUCGUUUCUGAAGCUCCCCUUAGGGUCGCCGGGACCGUCCAGCCAGCCAGGCAGCGGGGCCUCCUCGCCCCUCUUCGACAGCGGUUUGCAUCUGAACGGAGCCUCCAGCAACACAGCUCCGUCCUCGCCUUCCUCGCCUGUAGCUAAUGAACCAAAAUACGAGAAGCGCUGGCUAGACGCCCUGUCACUUCCUCUGUCCAUGGCCCGAGUCUCAAGGUGCAGAGCUGGAGCGGACACGUUCAGGUCCGGCGCGAUCCAAGUGCAGGCCCUGGAUGGGGUGAGCUCGGGGCCCCUCCAGUUUCACACGGCCCAGGAGCGUGCCGACUGGCUGAGGGCAGUGUCGGCCAACAUCAGCGAUCUGAUGCUGCAAAACGUGAAAAUGGCAAAUAAAUGCUGUUCUCCUUGUGACCAGGUCGUCCACAUGGGCUGGGUCAGCGAGCGACUGGGAGGCGCCGGCUCGUCUCAGACCUUCAGACCCAGGUUCCUGGCGCUGAAGGGCUCAGCCUUCUACGUCUUCGUCUCUCCUCCGGUGAGCCCAUUGGAUUGGGUCCAAGCAGAAAAAACCUAUCACCUCUGUGAGGUUCUGUUUAAGGUUCACAAGCUCUGGCUCCCAGAUGACUGCUGGGCGCAAGCCAGCCUCUCCCUGGGACUCCAGGAUCCCGAUGGCGGGGACCACGGGCCCUUCUGCUUCAGCAUCCUCGUGGGCCACGGCGGGGGCCACGUGUUCGGUGUGGAGCUGGGCAACGAGCUGGCCGCCUGGGAGCUGUCCUUCCAGAGAGCCACCUUCCGAGCCGUGCAGAGGACAGGGUCCAAAACGUACCCAUGCAGCUGGCAAGGAGCCAGUCUGUGCUUCACGGUGGACUUUGCUCUCGGCUUCACCUGUUUCGACAGCAAGACCAAGGGUGUGCUCUGGAGGUUUAAGUUCUCCCAGCUGAAGGGGUCUUCCGACGACGGGAAGGCUCGGGUGAAGCUGCUGUUUCAGAGUCUGGACACCAAGCAGAUCGAGAUGAAGGAGCUGGAGUUUCAGGAUCUGACGGCGGUCCUGCAUUGCAUCCACUCCUUCAUGGCUGCGAAGGUGGCCUCGGUGGACCCCGCGUUCAUGGACAGUCAGAGCAUCGCCGGAAGAUACAUGUAUAGCAGCUGA